AAAAACCCUGGUUUGUUAUUUCACUUCUCGGUUAGCCGCCGCACCUUAAACCUCCGCAUCGAUCUCCAUUUCCGCAUUGUUUCAUUCGAAGAUUUCGAGUGAAGUUCAUGGUGAUGCAAAUUGAGAGCAUCACCAUUUCCAUUCGCACUGAGAAGUCUUUUGGUGUUUGAGAAGAUCGCGAGUGCCAUUACAGAAUGUGGAGGUCGCUUGUGGCGGUUAGAGCUUCUCUAUUGAGAGCUUCUCGGAGCGUAACCCGAUACUCGGACGUGCCUUUAUCCGACUCUGUAGCUCAGUUGCGACACUCGAGCACGUCGAUCGCGGUUCCUGGAUCCUGUUUCUUCAGAAGCUCUAGGUAUUUUUCUCAACAUUAUUCUAGUUCUUCAGAUUCUGAGUCGUCAGAGAAUUUUGAAUCGGUUUCAGCGGAAACGGUGGAGAUUGGUGAAGGUGGUGAUACGCUGAUUGAAAACUAUGUUACUAGUGAAGAAGUUCAUGAGUUUGAUGGGGAGUCUGUGGGUAUUGAGGGAAAUAGUGAUCUCUUAGAGGAAAAUAUUGUAGUUUCUGCUGGGAAUGGGGAAGAAGGGGAGGUUAAUGAGGUCAAUGUAGAACAGCUAGAAAGUGUGCUAUCUUUGAUUCAGAGUACCGUUGAUGGGUCAUUUGAAUCAAGUCUUGACGAAAUGGGAUUGAAGCUUCAUGAGGAUUUUAUUUUGAAGGUGUUCGAAACCCCACAUAUUUUGGGUGAGAAUUUGAUUCGUUUUUUCCGCUGGGCUGUGAACAGUGAUCCAGAGUUCGAAGUAACUACUCGUGUUGUAGAUGUUCUUGUUCACUUGGUUUGCAGUGAUCUUCGGCAAAGAAAUGCUUAUUCUUUGUGGGGUUUGAUUAAAGAAAUUGGUGAAAAGCAGAAUGGUUUGUUGAAUGCUGAGAUUCUUAAUCAGUUGAUAGCAUUUUUUUCAAAGUUGGGAAAAGGGAAAGCUGCUCUGGAAGUGCUCGACAGUUUUGAGAGUUUGGGCUGCGUUCCUAAUGCCGAGUCGUACUUUUUUACCGUAGAAGCGCUGUGCAGGCGCCUUUCUUACGAUUGGGCUUGGCCAAUCUGCAAGAAAAUGCUUGAUGCUGGAAGCUUGCCUGAAAGUAAUAGAGUUGGUAAGAUCAUAUCAUGGUUUUGUAAGGGAAACAAAGCAAAAGAUGCCCAUUCAGUUUACUUACUGGCAAAGGAAAAACGUCUGAACCUACCUCAGUCUUCUGUGAAUUUCUUGAUUAGUUCUCUCUGUCGAGACGACGACACUGUUGAAUUGGCUCUGGAAAUGUUGAAUGAUUUCACGAAGGAGGAGCGGAAACAUGCCAUUAAGCCAUACAUGGUGGUCAUCCGCAGUUUGUGCAGGAACAAAAAUGCAAGCAAAGCAAGAACUCUACUUCUAAAGAUGAUUGCUGAAGGACCACCUCCAGGAAAUGCAGCUUUCAACACUGUUAUUAAUGGAUAUUCGAAAGCUGGUGAUUUAGAGGAGGCAAUGGAACUGAUAAAACUGAUGGAGAGUAGAGGGCUAAAGCCGGAUGUUUACAGUUACACCGUCGUUAUAAGUGGUUACGCAAAUGGCGGUCAAAUGAAGGAGGCAUACAAAGUCUUGGGGGAGGCAAAGAAGAAGCACACUAAAUUAUGUGCUGUAACCUACCACACACUUAUACGCAGUCACUGCAAACUUGAAGAGUACGACGCUGCGUUGAAGUUACUGAGUGAGAUGAAAGACUUCGGAGUGCAGCCGAACGCAGAUGAGUACAACAAGUUGAUCCAAUCUCUUUGCUUGAAGGCUUUAGAUUGGAGAACUGCAACGAAGUUGCUUGAAGAAAUGGAGGCAAAUGGUUUGCAUCUUAACGGCAUUACCAGGGGUCUUAUACGAGCAGUUCAGGAUCUGGAAGAGGAAGAAUUAAGCACUGCGGCUUAAGCACAACAAAAUGGAGGCUCUUCCAGUAUUUCGACCAAAUGGAAGCCUAUUCUAGUAUUUCUCCUUCACGCGUAAUACCUGUUUUUUUCUGGGUGAUAUUAGAUGAUAUUGCUAAUAAUCGGCACUGUCUUGUUCUAUCCUGUUUCCAGUUAUGUGAACGAAAUUUUAUAUUUCAGAAGGAAAACCCAAACCCUUUAAUUCUUCAUCUUAGACAUAAUUCUUGCUCUUAGAUUGAAUAA